UCAAACCUUAAGGCCAUUUUUUCGACCCGACCCGUUAACAGGCCCCCAAAUUCUGUAGCCUUUCUCCAGCAGCCUCGAAGUCACACUCCCGCAAAAUGGCCCCUCUCGCUCCCAGGUCUGGCGAUGCCGUUUUUGCCAACGUCGAGCGCGUCAAUGCGGAGCUAUUCACCCUCACUUACGGCGCGAUCGUGCGGCAGCUCCUCACGGAUCUCGAGGAGGUGGAGGAAGUCAACAAGCAGCUGGAUCAAAUGGGUUACAAUAUUGGAAUUCGGUUGAUUGAUGAAUUUCUAGCCAAGUCCAAUGUGUCCAGAUGUGUCGACUUUAAGGAGACAUGUGACGUUAUUGCUAAGGUUGGUUUCAAAAUGUUCUUGGGAGUCACAGCAACUGUUAGCAAUUGGGAUGCUGAGGGGACAAGCUGCAGCAUUAUAUUGGAAGAUAAUCCUCUGGUAGACUUUGUUGAGCUUCCUGAUACAUGCCAAGGUCUUAACUACUGCAACAUCUUGAGUGGAGUAAUUAGGGGAGCAUUGGAAAUGGUGUCGAUGAAAACUGAAAUAACCUGGGUAAGAGAUAUGCUUCAUGGUGAUGACGCGUAUGAGCUGCGCCUGAAACUACUGAAGCAGGUUCCAGAGGAAUACCCUUACAAGGAUGAUGAAUGAGUCUGCGUUGUAUAUUAGCUCUGAAAAAGACAACGAGAUGAUUUUAUUUUACUUUCAACACCUUUGUAGUUUGUAUUGGUGUACUUCUGCUUUGCCUUGAGUUUUGCUGUCUUUGUGGUAAUGCUUAUGUUCCAUGAGACCUUUUUAGUCGUUGCUAAUUUGCAUAUAGUUGGGGAUUUCGUUAUAUGGAUGUUUCAGUGAAAGGGAAGUAUGCACAUCUUCAUGA